UAGUAAAUUCUACAGUAACUCUUGCUGUGGGCAGUAAAAGAGUUGUUUAAUCAUGGCAGCAGCAAGCAGCAUUGCUGAUGACUUUGACGACGAGUUUCUGACUUGCGCACUUUGUCUGGACUUGUACGAGGACCCAAAACUCCUGCCCUGUUUUCACACUUUGUGUAAGAGGUGUGUGGAAGGUUUCGCCAACAUCAGUGGAGGGAGAGGCUUCCAGUGCCCUCUGUGCCGCGCCAAUGUCAAGCUCCCGUGCCCAGUACAGUUAGGAGGUGUGGACAAACUUCCAAGCAACUUCUACGUCAACAAAAUGCUGGACUUCAGGAGGCUGAAGCUAAGCAAGCUGUCUCACGUUCAGUGUCAGAUGUGCAAGUCUGGCGCUCGGGCUUUGGCCGUGUGUGGGGACUGUACUCUGAUGCUGUGUAACAACUGUGUCGGCGUGCACAGGAACACACCAGCGCUCCAAGGUCAUGCCAUCAUCACCUUGGGUGACCUUGAGAAUCCCGCCAUGAGGUCACAGUACGCCCGACAGAUCUACUGCCCAAGACACCCAGGCCAGCGAACAACCUUCUACUGCGAGCCCUGUGCAACCCUGGUCUGUAGAGACUGCACUGUAGACGAACACAGGCCAGGGCAAAAACACGAUCCAAGAGAAGUGGAGAAGGUAGCUCCAAAGUACAGGGCUUCAGUAGAAGGCUUGAUGAAGAAAACAGAAGAAGUUGUCUCUAAGAUAAACCAGAAAGUAGCAAACCUUGACAAGGAACUCACAGCUACAGCAGAGAACUGUGAGCAGGUAGAGAAGGAGGUCCAGCAGCACUACAAAAAGCUGAGGUCCAAACUCAAACAAGAAGAGCAGAGGAUGAUCAUCAAGAUACAGAAGACUAACAAAGACAGGAAGGAAGAACUGAUUCAUGAGAAGAAAGAAAUGGAGAAGGAACUGGAAGACACCAAUGAAGGACUUGCCUUCUGUCAAAAUAUCUUAGAUCGUGACAACAAGACAGAACUCUUGUCCUUAAGACAACAAAUGGAAGAAAGACUAAAGCAUUUUGCUUCAAGGCAAACAGGCAACAGGAGUUUCAUAGGUCAUGCAGAAGUGACCUUUAAACCCUCUAGUCUGUACCAGGUUUCUGGAGGUUCCUUGUCAGUGUCUACAGGCUUCACUAUUGAGAUAAAUGUACAGGAGCCAGCAGUAGAGAGUCUGCCCUGCUCUGUCAGUGUCACAGUCACAACCAACAAUGCAGAUCUAACAGGUGGGAAAGUUGCACCACAGAUAGAAGUGACCUCCCCCCAGGGUAAAACCACCCUCAUACAAACAACAGCACACACUAGUCCCCCACUAGCUGCAGGGAAGGGACAAACCAGCAGAGUUAGCAGGGUCUGGGGUGCAGAGUGGAGACCUCAGCAGUCAGGCAAACACACACUGGGGGUCUGUAUGGGGGGUAAGAAGGACCUUUGUUCUCUCACUGUAGAUGUCUGCAGCAACAACCCCAUACUCAGCUUUGGGCAGAGAGGUAGCCAGCAGGGGCAGUUUGACAGGCCUAUAGAUGUAGCAGUCAGGGGGGACAGGCUGUAUGUGGCUGAUACUUGGAACCAGCGUGUUCAGGUGUUUGAUCUGAUUGGUAAGUUUUGUCACUCAUUUCCUACUGACGAUCCUGAAGGACUUGCAGUUCAGACUGAUGGCACCAUAGUGGUUAAAUCUGGGAAGGAAGUGAAGAAAUUUUCCCCAUCAGGAAAACUGCUGCACAAAUUUCCUCUGGGUGAAUAUUGCGCAUACCCCUAUGGGCUGACAGUACAGAGGGAUGGGAGGGUUGUUGUAGCUGAUCCAGACAAACACAGCAUCUUCCUGUUUGAGGCAGAUGGGACACUGGUGAAACAGGUGGGAGGGCAGGGGGAGGGGGAGGGGCAGUUUAAUGAGCCAUGUUUUGUCUGUGUGCAUAAAGAAGACAACAUCAUUGUGGCAGAUAAACUCAACCACCGUGUUCAGGCGUUUGACAGGAAUCUGAACUACAAACACAAGUUUGGUCAGUAUGGCAGUCAGCCACAGGACAUGUUUGGUCCUCAUGGGGUGUCAGCUGACAGCAGGGGGAACAUAGUUCUGGCAAAUAGAGGAGACAACUCUGAUGUAGGUGGUAUAGAACAUGGCAGGAAGCUUCAGGUGUUCCGCCCAGACGGCACCUGGGUGUCCACCAUUAGCAGUGAUGGGGACAAACUGAACCUUCCCCACGGGGUGGCUGUGACAGAGGAUGGACAUGUGUUUGUAUCUGAUACUGGUGACCACUGUAUCAGGAAGUACAGAUACAUGUAACAGUG